AUGGGCUCUGCUUCUGUGCGAGCAAGGAGCGUUAACUCAUUAGCGAUUCUCAUCCUUAUUGCGCACUGGACACAACGUGCAGCACCACUAAAGGCCUCCUCCCUUUGCCUGUCUAAACCCUGCCAGAACGGGGCUGAGUGCCGGGAUGACCCCUCCACAUUUCUGUGUCAGUGCCUGUCUUCAGCUGCGGUGCUGUCCAGUGAGAGCUGUGCCUCCAAUGCCCUCUGUCACCUCCCCAUCUGUCAGAGUAACGCUACCUGCCAGUCCACCGGUGGCCGGCCUGGGGAGUUAGCCUGCAGCUGCUGGCCAGGCCUGUCUGACCAGGCCUGUAAGUCCAGUGCCCAGCUAUGUGCCCAUACGCUGUGCGGAGAGAGCCCCCGCUGCCUGGCUGUGGCCCACAGGGACCCGGGCUAUGUCUGCCUGUGUCAACCGGGCUAUACCGGCCCCCAGUGCCAGAGAGAGACAGACCAGUGCAUGCCAAACCCCUGCCGUAACCGUGCCCUCUGCCGGACCGGCCCGCACGGCCCCUCCUGCUUUUGCGUGCCAGGCUUCCAGGGUAAGCGCUGCGAAAUUGAGGUGAACGAGUGCAUCUCGCAACCCUGCAUGAACGGAGCAACCUGCCUGGACAAGAUCGGACGCUACGUCUGCAUCUGCAGACCAGGAUACACAGGUGCUAGCUGUGAGGUGCAGAUUGAUGAGUGUCAGUCCCAGCCAUGUCUUCAUGGCGGUAGCUGCCACGACCACAUUAACAGCUUCUCAUGCACCUGUCCGGCUGGUUUCCAGGGAAGCAUCUGUGAGAUCAACAUUGAUGACUGCACAGACCACCUGUGCCAGAACGGAGCUUUGUGCAUUGACGGAAUCGAUAGCUACAGCUGUGAUUGCUCCCAGAGCGGUUUCGCUGGCUUGUACUGUGAGGUGCCUCUUCCACCAUGCUGGGAUGAGCCCUGCCUCAAUGGCGCCCUCUGUCAGGAAGAGGGGAGGAACUACACCUGCAAAUGUUGGCCAGGCUUUGAAGGCCAUCACUGUGAGCUGGAUGUGAAUGAAUGUGGCAGUGGUCCCUGUUUAAACGGAGCCAUCUGCAUCGAGCGCUCCUGGGAGAAACACUAUGGGACAGAGAACCUGCUGCCUGACCGCUAUGACCACAGGCACGCUGCUGGAUAUGUAUGUAGGUGUCCGCAAGGAUUCACAGGUGCCUUGUGUGAAGAGGACAUUGACGAUUGUGCUUCUGCUCCGUGUCAUAAUGGAGGCUUGUGCAAAGACACUCUUGGCAGCUACAUCUGCAUCUGCCCAUUAGAGAGCAAGGAUGGCAUCCUGUAUGGAGGCCAGAACUGCAGUGAGCCAUUGGUGGGCUGUGAGGGCCACGAGUGCCUGAAUGGGGCAGCCUGUAGGCCCUUCCUGAGCGAGGGCCUGCACGGCUAUAGCUGCUCCUGCCUGCCCGGCUACACUGGCUCACACUGCCAGACCAGCACCGCCUUUUCCUUUGAGUCCUUUGGGGGUUACUUGAGCUUGCAGACUCCACUUCUGGACUACUCCUCCAACAUCACCCUGAGCUUCCGGACAGUUCUGAGCAACUCUGUGCUCUUCCAGCGAGGCGCUGAAGGACCGCUGCUCACCCUGGAGCUGCUGCAUGGCCGCUUGCGGCUAAGCUUAAGAACAGACUCCCAAGGAGAAGGCCCUGUCUGGGCUCUGAAGCUACCUCAGAAUGUGGCGGAUGGUGAGUGGCACACAGUGGAGGCCAUGCUAGCUGAAGGUACAGUGUUCCUCCAGCUCCUGGAACCCUGCCAAGGUGAAUAUUGUGGGGCAGCAGCUCAGGUGGAGACUGGACCUUUGGUGCUGGAGUCAGCCUUGCUGAGCACCUUGAUCGGAGGCCUGGCAGAUGGAGGCUUUUCUGGUUUCUUUAUCGGCUGCAUGAGGGACCUGUAUGUGGACUCGCAGCUGAUGGUGCCAGAGGACUGGCUAAUUUCUUCAGCUGUGAAUGUCACGCAUGGCUGCGAUCACCGUAACCGCUGCCUGGAUGUUCCAUGUGAAAAUCAAGGCGAGUGUAUUAAUCUGUGGCAAGGAUACCAGUGCAAGUGCCAGCGGCCGUAUGAAGGAUACAACUGCACUGACGAGUACAUCCCUGCCAGGUUUGGCCAGGAAAACUCUUUGAGUUACGCUGUCUUCACUGUUAGCGAUGAGCCUGAUCCAACCAUCAUCACCCUCUCCAUGUUCCUUCGUACACGACGAGAGUCGGGCUUGCUUCUGGCGCUGACCAACAGUACCAGCCGGUACCUUCAUGUGUGGCUGGAGCAAGGACGACUCAAAGCGCAGGUCGACAACUCCCCAAGCAUUGAGGGCAGGAACACUGUUAGUGAUGGUGAUAUCCACUUUGUUAGCUUAGCUAUUGAGCAGGGCCAGAUGAUCCUGCUGGAAUCUGACCUUGUGUCCGGGCCUUUGGCAGUCCGCCCUGUUCAUGUUCAUGCUGGGGACAAGGUUUAUGUUGCUGGCAUGGGUGACAUACAUGCCUUAACUGUAUUUGGUGGACCCUUUAAAGGCUGCAUUCAGGACCUUCGUCUCAAUGACAAGCCGCUGCUGUUCUUCCCAUUGAGCACUCUUGUGAAGUCAUACAGUCCAGAGCAUCUGGUUAAUGUUUCUGAAGGCUGCAUUGGGGAUGACUACUGUGUGAAAAACCCCUGUCAGAACGGUGGUAUGUGUUUCUCGGUGUGGGAUGAUUUCACCUGUGCCUGUCCCCCCAGUACCUCUGGCCGGCACUGUGAGGACAUUCACUGGUGUGAGCUUUCCCCCUGCCUUGCCCAAGCAGAGUGCAGGACCGUUAGUCAGGGCUAUGAAUGUAUUUCAAAUGCUACUUUUCAGAAUGACAUCAGGCUAACGUAUCGAGGAAACGGGCUGAUCUCCCGCCACCUCACCAACAUCUCCUUCAGUAUUCGCACUCGUAAACGCAAUGCAGCCAUACUCCACGCCGUCAGCGGCUCUGGCUUUGUUAACGUGUUGGUACAGGAUGGCCUGCUAGUGUUUGAGUUGUUUAGCUUACCUUCCUUUUCAUCCUCUUUUUCUUCCUCCUCCACCACUUCCUCCUCAUCUUCCACAUCCACUUCUUCUCCCUCAACUUCCUUUUCUUCCACACUAAGCCUGCGCAGUGCUAGACCUAUAGCUGAUGGCAAGUGGCAUAGCGUGCAGCUCUUCAUGGUUGCACCUGGGGCUUACUCUUCUCAAUGGACCAUGCUUGUGCUGGACAAUGGGGAGGAACCCAUUACAUCUGACUCUGAAGGCAGCAACCUGGACUUCCUCCGAGAGGGCAUGGACAUCAUUGUAGGGGGACUGGGCACCAAGCCAGGCUGGAACCUGAUUGGCUGCUUGAGUAGCAUAGAGAUCGGUGGAAUAGUGUUGCCGUAUCAUGGUCCAGACGACGUCAGGCUGCCCCAGAUGCAGAAGGAGCAGUUCCAGAAAACAUCCACAGCUUCAGUUCUCAAUGAGUGCACGGGUGGGCCAGUGUGUGAACCCAACCCAUGCCUCAAUGGCGGUGACUGUGAGGAUCUCUUUGACCUCUUCACCUGCACCUGCCCCUCCGACUGGGUGGGCCAGCACUGUGAAAUCAGCACCAAUGCUUGUGCCUCCAACCCCUGUCACCAUGGAAACUGUACCACUCAGGGCCUGCAGUACGAGUGCACCUGCGAGUUUGGUUACACUGGCAUGAACUGUGCAGUGGAGGUGGACGCCUGUGCACAGCACCAGUGCGCAAACGGCGGCACCUGCCUGCGCGGCAUUGGUAAAUACGCCUGCCUCUGUGCUGAAAACUACACCGGGCCAUACUGCACCGACCAAGUUGAAGAGAUUCCUUGGUACAUAGUUGUCAAGAACAUAGGCCCCAAGCUCCCAGUGUCCAUCUGUGGGGACGAGAAACGGAACUACACGUGCUUUAAUGGGGGUAACUGCUCUGAGGCAGCCUUUACAUGUGACUGCCUGCCCGGCUUCACCGGUCACCGGUGUGAACAGGAGCUGGACGAGUGCAAGUCCAACCCGUGCUUGAACGGCGGCUACUGCCGCAACCUGGUCAACAAGUUCCAUUGCGUGUGCGAGCUGAGCUACGGGGGCGAGACCUGUCAGAUCGAUCUGAAUGCAGAGAGUGUGGCGUCUGAUCUGCUGCUGUCUGUGACGUUGGUGUCGGUGGUGCUGUUUCUGGCUCUGCUGGCCGCGGCCACGGCUCUUGUGGUGGCCCUGAACCGGCGGGCUACCCAUGGCACCUACAGCCCGAGCCGACAGGAGAAGGAGGGGUCCCGCGUGGAGAUGUGGAACAUCGUUCAGCCGCCACCUGCAGAGAGACUCAUCUGA